AUGUUGGUUCAGUCUAUCAGAGCUUCGCGCUCCUCACUCACCCGCUGUCUGGUCCGCCAGCCUACAUUCACCCGUGCAUUCAUCGCGCCAACAGCUGUCCGCCAGGCCGAUAUUGUCCAAGAAAUAUAUCUCCGUGAAUUGAAAGCCUACAAGCCCCCCACUGCCAAGGCCUCAGACAGCGAAGGCCAGGUUAAGAAAUGGGCUCUUCCCGCCGCCCCAAAAAGCCCCGAGGAGGCUGAGGCCUCUCUGGCGGAGCAGUUGAAGGCUUACGAGACCCAGGAAGUUGAGGUUGAGGGGCAGGCUGCCACCGGCGAGCCGGCCGAGGCUGCCGUUGAGGGUGACUGGUUUGAGGAGGAAUUGACCUUUGCUGAACCUGAAGCCCACGGUCAUUAG